UCCGUAUGUAGCCGUGCUAUUCAAUAGCGCCAUGUGGCUAAUAUAUGGGCUACCAACAUUUCCAUCCUUUUCAAACAUGCCUGUAAUGGUGGCCAACAUGGUUGGUAUUGUUGUGGAGUCCAUUUAUAUCACCAUUUGGUUUAGGUAUGCUGUGGGUGGCCGAGUCAUUCCCUUGAUUGUGCUCAUUUUGGUUAUUGCCAUGAUAUUGGUUAUUCUUUUCAUGGCAAUAGUCAAAGUGAUAGUGCAAAAGGCUUGGUCUAUACUUUUCGUCGGCUGCUUCGCAGCUAUUUCAGGAGGAAUAAUGUAUGUUAUACCCAUAAAAAUAGCGUACGAGCUUUUCAUCACCAAAGAACUGGGUAGGAUGUCAAUUCUGGAAAACUCAACAUCCUUUCUCAAUGGAUUGAUCUGGACGAUUUACGCUUGCGUUGAUAAGCUGAACAGCUUUGUACUGGGACCGAACGUGGUUGGGAUAGCCUCCUCUGUUCUGCAACAAGUGGUAUGGACCCUGGUGUGGUUCUACAACCGUAACCAUCCGGCUGAGCAGGCUUAGGAAGUGGAACUCGGGGACGGCCCCAAUCUCCCACCCGCUGCGGCCGAUGACGGCGUCCCUCCGGCGGCCGACGACGUCGCCCCUCCGGCGUUAAUCAUCCCCGCGGCUGCAAUGAAUCAUCCGGCGGCAAUCAUCCCUGCGGCUGCAAUUAAUCCUCCGGCGGCUGAUCUCAACAUGCAGGCUGAGGUGGGGCUGGGCGGCGUCGGCUCCAAUGGUGACGGCGGCUCUCCGGCGGCCGACCUGCAGGCUGAGGUGGGGACUGGCGGCGUCGGCCCCAAUCCCCUACCUGCGGCGGCUGGUGACGGCGGCUCUCCGGCAGCCUUCAACCCUGCGGCGGCCGACGACCCCGCAGCGGCCAACAUCCCCGCGGCUGCAAGCAACAACCCCCCACCGGCGGCCCCCAACCCCGUGGCGCUCGGGAUUGGGGCCGUCCUCAACCUGCCAGCUGAAGUGGUGCUUGGCGGAAGCGACCCCAAAGCCGACCCGGCGGCUGAUGUGGCAUCUGCCGGCUGCAACCCCAGUCCCGUGGCUGCCGCACCGGCUGACGUGGCGGCCGUCGACGGCGCUCCCCCGGCAGACGAGGAGCUAGGCGGCGGCGAGCUCAAUCUGAAGGAGGCCGAGGACGAAGAAUGAGUGGCCAGAGGCUGCUGUACUUUACUUCUCUCUGAAUUUUUAGUUUGCAAUUCGGCGAUCCGAGAAUCGUCUGUAAUGAAUUUCUAGAUUUCGAUCUUUCCCUUAUGUUUGAAUUUGCUAACCCUGGUUUAGAUGAACAUUUCAGUCAAGCUAA